GGCUGCCUGCUAGCACUGUCUGCUCCCAGGCCUGAUAUGGUCUCUCUCUGCAGAGGUGCACCUGUCUGGGCAGUAACAGCAGGAGCGGCUGACGCGUGACCAUGGUGAUCCUUCAGCAGGGGGACUACGUGUGGAUGGACCUGAGAUCCGGACAGGAGUUUGACGUUCCCAUCGGGGCCGUGGUGAAACUCUGUGACUCGGGGCAGAUUCAGGUGGUGGAUGAUGAAGGCAAUGAGCACUGGAUCUCCCCGCAGAGUGCCACGCACAUCAAGCCCAUGCACCCCACAUCUGUGCAUGGUGUGGAGGACAUGAUCCGCCUGGGCGACCUCAAUGAGGCAGGAAUCCUGCGCAACCUGCUCAUCCGCUACCGGGACCACCUCAUCUAUACAUACACAGGCUCCAUCCUGGUGGCGGUGAACCCCUACCAGCUGCUGUCCAUCUACUCGCCAGAGCACAUCCGCCAGUACACCAACAAGAAGAUCGGUGAGAUGCCCCCGCACAUCUUUGCCAUCGCUGACAACUGCUACUUCAACAUGCAGCGCAAUAGCCGUGACCAGUGCUGCAUCAUCAGUGGGGAGUCCGGUGCAGGGAAGACGGAGAGCACCAAGCUAAUGCUGCAGUUCCUGGCGGCUAUCAGUGGGCAGCAUUCAUGGAUCGAGCAGCAAGUGCUGGAGGCCACUCCGAUCCUGGAGGCAUUUGGGAACGCCAAGACCAUUCGUAAUGACAACUCAAGCCGCUUUGGAAAGUACAUCGACAUCCACUUUAACAAGCGGGGGGCCAUCGAGGGUGCCAAGAUCGAGCAGUACCUGCUGGAGAAGUCCCGUGUCUGUCGCCAGGCCCCUGAUGAACGCAACUAUCACGUGUUCUACUGCAUGUUGGAGGGCAUGAGCGAGGCUCAGAAGAAGAAGCUGGGGCUGGGCCAUGCUGCCGACUACAAUUACCUGGCCAUGGGUAACUGCAUUACCUGUGAGGGCCGGGUGGACAGCCAGGAGUACGCCAACAUCCGCUCGGCCAUGAAGGUGCUCAUGUUCACCGACACUGAGAACUGGGAGAUCUCAAAGCUGCUUGCUGCCAUCCUGCACCUGGGCAACCUGCAGUAUGAGGCCCGCACGUUUGAAAACCUGGAUGCCUGUGAGGUCCUCUUCUCCCCAUCACUGGCCACGGCUGCAUCCUUGCUGGAGGUGAACCCCCCGGACCUAAUGAGCUGCCUGACAAGCCGUACCCUCAUCACCCGUGGGGAGACUGUGUCCACCCCGCUGAGCAGGGAGCAGGCGCUGGAUGUGCGCGACGCCUUUGUCAAGGGAAUCUACGGGCGGCUGUUCGUGUGGAUCGUGGAGAAGAUCAAUGCGGCCAUUCACAAGCCAGCCUCCCAGGAGACGAAGAGUUCGCGCCGGUCCAUUGGCCUCCUGGACAUUUUUGGGUUCGAGAACUUUGCCGUGAACAGCUUUGAGCAGCUCUGCAUCAACUUUGCCAACGAGCACCUACAGCAGUUCUUUGUGCGGCACGUGUUCAAGCUGGAGCAGGAGGAGUACGACCUGGAGAGCAUCGACUGGCUGCACAUCGAGUUCACCGACAACCAGGAUGCGCUGGACAUGAUCGCAAACAAGCCCAUGAACAUCAUCUCCCUCAUUGACGAGGAGAGCAAGUUCCCCAAGGGCACAGAUGCCACCAUGCUGCAUAAGCUGAACUCGCAGCACAAGCUCAACACCAACUACAUUCCACCCAAGAAUGCCCACGAGACCCAGUUUGGCAUCAACCACUUUGCAGGCGUGGUUUACUAUGAGACUCAAGGCUUUCUGGAAAAGAACCGGGACACUCUGCAUGGUGACAUCAUCCAGCUGGUCCACUCCUCCAGGAACAAGUUCAUCAAACAGAUCUUCCAGGCCGAUGUCGCCAUGGGCGCCGAGACCAGGAAGCGCUCGCCCACACUCAGCAGCCAGUUCAAGCGCUCGCUGGAGCUGCUGAUGCGCACACUGGGUGCCUGCCAGCCCUUCUUCGUGCGCUGCAUCAAGCCCAAUGAGUUCAAGAAGCCCAUGCUGUUUGACAGGCACCUGUGCGUGCGCCAGCUGCGCUACUCGGGCAUGAUGGAGACCAUCCGCAUCCGCCGGGCUGGCUACCCCAUCCGCUACAGCUUUGUGGAGUUCGUGGAGCGUUACCGGGUGCUGCUGCCUGGCGUAAAGCCAGCUUACAAGCAGGGUGACCUCCGGGGGACGUGCCAGCGCAUGGCUGAGGCUGUGCUGGGCACACACGAUGACUGGCAGAUUGGCAAGACCAAGAUCUUCCUGAAGGACCACCACGACAUGCUGCUGGAGGUGGAGAGGGACAAGGCCAUCACCGACAGAGUCAUCCUCCUCCAGAAGGUGAUCCGGGGCUUCAAGGACAGAUCCAACUUCCUGAAGCUCAAGAGUGCAGCUACGGUCAUCCAGAGGCACUGGAGGGGGCACACCUGCCGGAGGAACUACGGGCUGAUGCGCCUGGGCUUCCUGCGGCUGCAGGCCGUGCACCGCUCCCGGAAGCUGCAGCAGCAGUACCGCCUGGCCCGCCGGCGCAUCAUCCAGUUCCAGGCCCGCUGCCGUGCCUACCUUGUGCGCAAGGCUUUCCGCCACCGGCUCUGGGCUGUGCUCACUGUGCAGGCCUAUGCCAGAGGAAUGAUUGCCCGCAGGCUACACCGGCGUCUCCGGGCUGAGUACCUGCGACGGCUUGAGGCUGAGAAGAUGCGGCUGGCUGAGGAGGAGAAGCUCCGGAAGGAGAUGAGUGCCAAGAAGGCCAAGGAGGAGGCAGAACGGAAGCACCAGGAGCGCCUGGCUCAGCUGGCUCGGGAGGACGCGGAGCGUGAGCUGAAAGAGAAGGAGGAGGCCCGGCGGAAGAAGGAGCUCCUGGAGCAGAUGGAGAGGGCCCGCCACGAGCCCAUCAACCACUCGGACAUGGUGGACAAGAUGUUCGGCUUUCUGGGGACUUCGGGCGGCCUGCCAGGCCAGGAGGGCCAGGCGCCCAGUGGCUUUGAGGACCUGGAGCGCGGGCGGAGGGAGAUGGUGGAGGAGGAUGUGGACGCAGCCCUGCCGCUGCCGGAUGAAGAUGAGGAGGACCUCUCAGAUUAUAAGUUUGCCAAGUUCGCUGCCACCUAUUUCCAGGGCACCACCACACACUCCUACACCCGGCGGCCGCUCAAGCAGCCGCUGCUCUUCCAUGAUGAUGAGGGCGACCAGCUGGCAGCCCUGGCAGUCUGGGUCACGGUGUUGCGCUUCAUGGGGGACCUCCCUGAGCCCAAGUAUCACACGGCCAUGAGUGACGGCAGCGAGAAGAUCCCCGUGAUGACCAAGAUCUACGAGACCCUGGGCAGGAAGACGUACAAGCGGGAGCUGCAGGCCCUGCAGGGCGAGGGCGAGACCCAGCUCCCAGAGGGCCAGAAGAAGAGCACUGUGAGACACAAGCUGGUGCACUUGACUCUAAAGAAGAAGUCGAAGCUCACAGAGGAGGUGACUAAGAGGCUGCACGAUGGGGAGCCCACAGUGCGGGGCAACAGCAUGCUGGAGGACCGGCCCACCUCCAACCUGGAGAAACUGCACUUCAUCAUUGGCAAUGGUAUCCUGCGGCCAGCACUCCGGGAUGAGAUUUAUUGCCAGCUCAGCAAGCAGCUUACCCACAACCCCUCCAAGAGCAGCUAUGCCCGUGGCUGGAUCCUCGUGUCCCUCUGUGUUGGCUGCUUUGCCCCCUCGGAGAAGUUCGUGAAGUAUCUGCGGAACUUCAUCCACGGGGGGCCACCUGGCUAUGCGCCAUACUGUGAGGAGCGCCUGAGGAGGACCUUCGUCAAUGGGACGCGGACACAGCCACCCAGCUGGCUGGAGCUACAGGCCACCAAAUCCAAGAAGCCCAUCAUGCUGCCCGUGACAUUCAUGGAUGGGACCACCAAGACCCUGCUGACUGACUCUGCGACUACCGCCCGAGAGCUGUGCAAUGCGCUGGCCGACAAGAUUUCGCUCAAGGAUCGCUUCGGGUUCUCCCUCUACAUCGCCCUUUUUGAUAAGGUGUCCUCCCUGGGCAGCGGCAGUGACCAUGUCAUGGAUGCUAUCUCCCAGUGUGAGCAGUAUGCCAAAGAGCAAGGUGCCCAGGAGCGCAAUGCCCCUUGGAGGCUCUUCUUCCGCAAAGAGGUCUUCACGCCUUGGCACAACCCUGCGGAAGACAACGUGGCCACAAACCUCAUCUACCAGCAGGUGGUGCGAGGGGUCAAGUUUGGCGAGUACAGGUGUGAGAAGGAGGAUGACCUGGCCGAGCUGGCUUCCCAACAGUACUUCGUGGACUACGGCUCCGAGAUGAUCCUGGAGCGCCUCUUGAGCCUUGUGCCCACCUACAUCCCUGAUCGUGAGAUCACGCCACUCAAGACGUUGGAGAAGUGGGCCCAGCUGGCCAUUGCUGCCCACAAGAAGGGCAUUUAUGCCCAGAGGAGAACUGAUGCCCAGAAGGUCAAGGAGGAUGUGGUCAAUUAUGCUCGCUUCAAGUGGCCCCUGCUCUUCUCCAGGUUUUAUGAAGCCUACAAGUUCUCAGGCCCCAGUCUUCCCAAGAACGAUGUCAUCGUAGCCGUCAACUGGACAGGGGUCUACUUCGUGGAUGAGCAGGAGCAGGUGCUUCUGGAGCUGUCCUUCCCAGAGAUCAUGGCCGUGUCCAGCAGCAGGGAGUGCCGCGUCUUGCUUUCCCUGGGCGGCUCUGAUCUCUGCUGUGCUGCACCUCACGUGGGCCAGGCAGGACUGAUCCUGGCUGGGCCCUGUUCCCCGUGUUGGUCCUGCAGGGGGGCGAAGCUGACGGCUCCAAGCUUCACCCUGGCCACCAUCAAGGGUGAUGAGUACACCUUCACCUCCAGCAAUGCUGAGGACAUCCGUGACCUGGUGGUCACCUUCCUGGAAGGGCUUCGCAGGAGAUCCAAGUAUGUGGUGGCCCUGCAGGACAACCCCAACCCUGCGGGGGAGGAGUCAGGCUUCCUCAGCUUCGCCAAGGGAGACCUCAUCAUCCUGGACCAUGACACUGGGGAGCAGGUCAUGAAUGCGGGCUGGGCCAGCGGCAUCAAUGAGAGAACCAAGCAGCGCGGGGACUUCCCCAUGGACUGUGUGUAUGUCAUGCCCACAGUCACCAUGCCACCGCGGGAGAUUGUGGCCCUGGUCACUAUGACCCCCGACCAGAGGCAGGACGUUAUCCGGCUCAUGCAGCUGCGCACAGCGGAGCCUGAGGUGCGCACCAAGCCUUACACACUGGAGGAGUUCUCCUACGACUACUUCAGGCCCCCACCCAAGCACACGCUGAGUCGGGUCAUGGUGUCCAAGGCCCGCGGCAAGGAUCGGCUGUGGAGCCACACGCGGGAGCCACUCAAGCAGGCGCUGCUCAAGAAGCUGCUGGGCAGCGAGGAGCUCUCUCAGGAGGCUUGCAUGGCCUUCAUCGAUAUCCACACUGCUGUGCUGAAGUACAUGGGGGACUACCCAUCCAAGCGGACACGCUCUGUCAAUGAGCUCACUGACCAGAUCUUUGAGGGGGCCCUGAAAGCGGAGCCCCUCAAAGACGAGGCGUAUGUGCAGAUCCUCAAACAGCUGACCGACAACCACAUCAGGUACAGUGAAGAGCGGGGCUGGGAGCUGCUCUGGCUGUGCACGGGCCUCUUCCCGCCCAGCAACAUCCUCCUGCCCCAUGUGCAGCGGUUCCUGCAGUCCCGCAAGCACUGCCCACUUGCUGUGGACUGCCUGCAGCGACUCCAGAAAGCUCUGAGAAAUGGCUCCCGGAAGUACCCUCCUCACCUGGUAGAGGUGGAGGCCAUUCAGCACAAAACCACCCAGAUUUUCCACAAGGUCUACUUUCCUGAUGACACCGACGAGGCCUUUGAGGUGGAAUCCAGCACCAAAGCCAAAGACUUCUGCCAGAACAUCGCCAGCCGGCUGCUCCUCAAGUCCUCUGAGGGAUUCAGCCUCUUCGUCAAAAUCGCAGACAAGGUCAUCAGUGUCCCCGAGAAUGACUUCUUCUUCGAUUUUGUUCGGCACCUGACGGACUGGAUAAAGAAAGCACGUCCCAUCAAGGAUGGAAUUGUGCCAUCACUCACCUACCAAGUGUUCUUCAUGAAGAAACUGUGGACCACGACAGUGCCAGGGAAGGACCCUAUGGCUGACUCCAUCUUCCACUAUUACCAGGAGUUGCCCAAGUACCUCCGAGGCUACCAUAAGUGUACGCGAGAGGAGGUACUGCAGCUAGGGGCGCUGAUCUACAGGGUCAAGUUUGAAGAGGACAAGUCUUACUUUCCCAGUAUUCCCAAGCUGCUACGGGAGCUGGUUCCCCAAGACCUCAUCCGGCAGAUCUCACCUGAUGACUGGAAACGGUCUAUUGUCGCCUACUUCAACAAGCAUGCAGGGAAGUCCAAAGAGGAGGCCAAGCUGGCCUUCCUGAAGGUCAUCUUCAAGUGGCCCACCUUUGGCUCUGCCUUCUUUGAAGUAAAGCAAACCACAGAGCCAAACUUCCCAGAGAUCCUCCUAAUUGCCAUCAACAAGUAUGGGGUCAGCCUCAUUGAUCCCAGAACCAAGGACAUCUUGACCACUCAUCCCUUCACCAAGAUCUCCAACUGGAGCAGUGGCAAUACCUACUUCCACAUCACCAUUGGGAACCUGGUGCGCGGGAGCAAACUGCUCUGUGAGACGUCACUGGGCUACAAGAUGGAUGACCUCCUGACUUCAUACAUCAGCCAGAUGCUCACAGCCAUGAGUAAACAGCGGGGCUCAAGGAGCAGCAAGUGAACAGUGGGGAGGAGCUGCUGGCUCCUGGGGAGCAGCCCUCAGGACAACUCUGCAGCUGAGGAAGAGCUCUGCCACGCAGAGAGGGGGCAGGGCCUGGUGGCCAC